GCCACAGGCUGCGCCAAGGCUGCUGGGUGCGUGGACGUUGCCAUGGUGACCAGGCCCGGCAGCGAGGCUUUGGCAGAGGACAGAGAGGAAGCGAAAUGGAGGUCCUAGAAGAGAAAGAAAAAGAAGAGCAAAAGGAAGAAGAGCUGAAGGCUUUGGAGGUCGGCAGUGAGCUUCACGACAUGGAUAAAAAGCUGUCUGUGGAAAAAGUCUGCUUUUCAAGUGAUGUACCUGAUUUUGACUGGAACAGCAUCGACACAUCCCAGUUACCAGACUCAUACAAGGUGAAUUCCCCAAAAGAAAAGAAGAUGCUGCACAUUGCUGAUCAUUACCACCAGCAGUUUGCUCACCUCUGCCCUGAACGCAAGCCGCUCUUCCUGCACCCUGUCAAUGAAUGUGGCGUGGAGAAGUUUGUGAGCACAACAGUGAGGCCAACCUUGCUGCCUUACACAGAGCUGUACCACUGGGAUGGCUGUGCCAGCUUUGUCUCUGACUAUCUCACUAUGGAGCCCCUCAAGUUCCCUCUCACACCGCCCACUUCACUCUAUUCCCCAACUACCAUCCUGAAGUACCAGCGAGGGAACUGCUUUGACUUCAGUGUGCUGCUGUGUUCCAUGCUGAUUGGAGCUGGGUAUGAUGCCUACUGUGUGAAUGGGUAUGCCACCCACGACAUAUGCAGCUUGGAUGAGACUCUGGAGGAGUGCCCACUGCUCAGGAAGCCACAGGAGGUCCCAAAAGAAGAAGUGAAGAAGUCUAACAAGUAUAGAGUUAAGCCUCCCCCAGACAUGCACAGCAAGUUUGAGCUUCAGCAGGAGGCCAAGAAGAAAGCAGAAACUGAAGCUACUGAGAAAAAGGAAAGAGAAGAGAGGGGCAUGGAAGCAGAAGAGCCCGCACAUGACCAUUUAUGUGGUUUACGGGUGCAUGCCUGGGUUUUGGUUCUGUCUGGCAAGAGAGAGGUUCCCGAAACUUUCUUCAUUGAUCCCUUCACGGGAAACAGCCAUAGCACCAUGGAUGAGCAGUUCCUUGGAAUUGAGAGUGUCUGGAACCACAAGAACUACUGGGUGAAUAUGCAGGACUGCCGGAACGGCUGCAAGGAUCUUGUCUUUGAUUUGAGUGAUGCUGUCCACUGGGAAAUCAUGCUUUCAGAGACUGACAAGCCUCUUCAGCUGCUCCUGGGUGCUGAGAAGGAAAAUGAGCUGUUUGAUAGGAACGUGGAUGACAUGGAGGAGGAAGAAGAGGAGGAAGAGGAGGAGAUAAGUUUUGCCAUGCCACCGUCAUGGGUAGCUCCAAUUCAGAUAUCUCCCAAAGAGUUUGAGACCCGCUGUUCCCAGGGGAGGAAGGUGAUCCUCUACAAGAAGGCAAAACUGGAGAAAUGGGCACCAUACUCCAAUGGAAAUGGGCUGGUGAAACGCCUCACCGUCUACGCAGACUCAAACUAUAGCAAAGCAAUAGAAGUGAAAGAGUGGUUCAAAAACCGUGAAGACAUGUUGGAUAUGAGAGAAGUGAAUAAACAAACACAGCUGACCACAGAGUACUUCAGCCCAGGACACCUCUUCGGUCUCAAAGUGCACACCUAUAAGUCAAUGAACCCGCAGACUGAACGUGUGAUGGAGUUCUACACUGAGACACGAGUCGAUGGCCUCCAGAAACUUGCUGAAAAUGACAACGAGAUGAAAGAGUACUUCGUGGGGAGAGAUGACUUCAAGUACUUCCAGUACACAGAGUUUCGCGCUAAAAGAAAGAAAGUAACUUUGGUUGGCACCAGAACUGAUGUUAACUCCCGGCCUAUAGUGCAAAUCAAGGAGUGUUUCCACAGAAACCUACAAAAGCCUGCUGAUGAAGAUGUAGCAGAACGUGUCUUUCUGAUCGAAGAGGACAUGAUCCAACUGACAUACCACCUCAAGGAUAAAUACAUUACAGCCUCAAAGAAGGACUUCUUCAAACCAACAGAGAGCUACAGGAAGCAAAGUGAAAUCAUGACCCCAGAAAUGUGCAUCACAUACCAGGCGGGGUCCUCUGAGCAGCACACAAAGCUGAUCCACCUGUACAAAUUGUUGCGAGAGCUAACAGAGGAAGAGAAGCAGCUGAAGCAACAAGUCUGGAGAACUCAAGCAGAGGUGCUAAAAAUUCUGGAGAUCCGUGAGAAUGAAGAAGCAGACAUUAAACUGUCAGCUUCGAUAUAUGAUACAGAGAGAAAUGAAAAGAGAAGACAAGAGUACGAAGCCAUGAUGAAGGCAAAGAAGGAUGAGUUCCCAGGACAAAAGGAACAGGAUCUGGAUUACCUGGCACCUUUUCUUAUUCAAAUUGGCAGUCCAGAGAAGAUAACCAAAAGGCAGGCCCUUCGCCUCAGAGACGACUGCCUGAGUGAUUUUAAGAAUCGUCUGGUUUCUAAGGCCAACAUCAUCCAAGCUCAUUUUGAAAAGGAGGUAGAAGAGCUGCAGAAGAAGAACCAGCAGUUUCAGGAAAAUCAGAAUCAGCUCAGCGAGAAGGAGGAGGCUGACUUCCUUGCUGAUUACUCUGAAACCAUGUUCCGUAUCCACAUUCUAGCACUGAGACUCGACAGGGAAAAGCAGACAGCACCGCAGAAGUACCUUGCUCUUGAAGAGAAACUGCGCAAAGACCCUCGCCUAGCAGAGCACCUCGGUCAUGCCUGAUUGCUUCUUUUUUUCCUUCAGAUCAGACACUGGCAAUUGGUGCUGAAAUCUCUCAAAAGCAGCCUUAAAAACGGUGGGAAGGCUUUCUUUCUUGCCUGCAAGAAAUCUUGCAUUCUCAUCAGGUUCUGCUAAAAGUCUUUGUGCACCUGUCUCUGGAGUUCCAGGGGAUUUUAAUGAAUUUGUACCAUCAACUAUCUUUGGCAAUCCAGUGUCCUGGCUAAUAAUCAUUCCCUGAUACC